AUGAAGGGAUUGCGUAGACUGACAGCUUCUGCCAUGGCCCUGUUCCUUGCAGCUUCUUUCAUCUCUUACUCCUGGAGUGCUCCUCAGGGUCACUUCCAAAGAAGAAACUGGACUCCUCAGGCUAUGCUCUAUUUAAAGGGUGCACAGGGACGUCGAUUCAUCUCAGAUGAGAGCCAGAGGAAGGACCUCUAUGACAGAUUGCAGCUAGAAACACGCAGCCAAAAUACAAAUCCUAUAGCUCUGUCGGAGGCUGCAGAACUAUUUCUUAACUCCUUACGGAAAGCACAAGAAGCUGAAGAAGAAACCAAUGAUCACCCUGGAUACUUAACAGACAAUCUAUUAAACUGGUGA